AUGUUCCGCUCCCUCCUCUCCUUCGCAUCCCAAAACCCCUUCGCUUCGGCUUCAGAAUCCAGUUCCGUUGACAAAACCACCAGCCUCUUCCCCACCGUGGAUCCUGAAGUCGAUGGCCCUGAUUGCGACAAGGACUGUGCUGACUGCACGACCAAAUUCCCAUCACGCUUUAAUAUCAAUUCCGACAGGGAGCUGUACGGGAGCAUCAAGACGUACACCAAACAUGUCAUUGUCGCGACCGGCAAGACGGACUGGGAACAACGGGUCGAGAAUGAGCGUGGCAGUCUGAUGGAGGGGUUUAAGCUGGGUUCGUUCAAGCCGAAGACGGGGGGGGGGGGGAAAAUGAUGGUUUCAGCAUCGAACCUGCCCGUAUAUCCGGCGUACAACGACGCUCAGGGACACGGCCAGGGCAAGAGCCAGGACAACGCCCAGCCCCAGCCCCAGCCCCAAGCCCAGCAAAUGCAGGAUCCAGCAUCCUCAAGCACCCCCGACACCCAAUCGAAACCCGAUAAGGGGGAACUAUCCCGUUCUGGCCCCGAAUCCCCACACAAGCUGACAACGCGCCCCUGCCUCCGCGACCACCUCAUCCUCCUCUGCUCGCACCACCGCCGCGACGCCCGCUGCGGCAUCUCCGCUCCGCUCAUCCGACGCGAACUCGAACGCCACCUGCGCCCUCUCGGCCUCUACCGCGACGACGAUGACUCCCGGCCGGGCGGCGUGGGCAUCGUGUACGUCUCGCACGUCGGCGGCCACAAAUUCGCCGCGAACGUGUUGAUCUACCGUCGCGCGGCGGAGCAGAUGAUUUGGCUGGCGAGGGUGCGGCCGGCAGAUUGCGAGGGGAUUGUCAAGCAGACGGUGCUGAAGGGGAAGAUUGUGCAUGCGGACCAGUUGAGGGGUGGGUUUGAUCGGGGGAGGGACGUUGCGAGUUGGUAG